AUGGCGUCAAAUGCCAGCCACAUGUUGGAGGCUGCCUUGGAGCAAAUGGAUGACAUUAUUGCUGGCAAAAUGGGUGAAGGGCUCCUUGGUGCUCUUAUGCGGUUAGGGGGGCAGGACUGCCAAGCCACAGAAUGUACCUCACAGUUGACCCUUGCCCCGCUCGUGGACCCCGCCCUCAAGGCUCUCCAGCUGACUGAGGCCCUCAGGGCAGUGCUGGAGGGGCAGGGGAGUGAGGAAAAACAGGACUCCCUCAGGAAACAAGUCUCCACUGAUACGGCACAUACCAUACUAAAAUGGCUUGAGAGAGAUGAGGUAAACCUCCAUUCAACUGGCAAUAGUGAGUCGUACCAGGACCGGUUAUCACGUCUGGAGGGAGACAAAGAGUCACUUAUCCUGCAGGUGAGCGUGCUGACGGACCAGGUGGAAGCUCAAGGAGCCAAGAUCAGCGAUCUUCAGAUUUCUUUGGUGGAGCAUCAGCACAAACUCAACUCCACAGAGGAGAUGCUACAGCAGGAGCUCCUGCAUAGGACGUCACUGGAGACCCAGAAGCUGAAUCUUAUGGGGGAGGUGUCCUACCUGAAACUAAAGCUGGCAGACAUGGAGGGAAAACAGGGCCAGGGGGCUGAAAGGCAGCAGAAAGCAGAGACUGUAGUGAAUUUCAUUAGUGAGCUGCAGGAGCAGAUGUGUAGGUUUCAGGAGGAGAUCAAUAGCAAGAUCCAGGAGAAAAAGGCCUUGGAGAUCCCAGCUGACAGCAGCUCUCCAGUGGCGUGCCCCACUGAGGACGAGGACUCAAACCCCGGGCCGUCUUGUGACAGACCCUCGGGGGUGAUGCACAAACUAGAAGAGGCUCCAGAUGGGCCUGAUGGGAACACACACAGCCUGGAAGAGGGUAGCUCAGAUGCAGAGCAGCAGAACCACUGUGGAGACGAAAGUGGCUUAUUGAAAGAGCUCAGGAUUCUCAAAGACAAAGUGGAGCAUCUGGAGGACCAGAAGUUACAGUAUGAGAAGAAACUCAAAGCAACAAAGGCAGAGAUCAGCAGCCUUCAGCAGCUUCUGCUCAGUAAGAAUACUGAGAUCGAGAGCUUGCACACUCAGCUGCUGGCCAGACCUCCUCUUUCCCCCGAGAGCUCUGAGAGAGAGGAGAUGUACAGGAAGAGGCUAAACACCAAAUACCAAGAACUGCAGAGGCUUAGGAGUGGAAUGAAAUCACUGGUGGCUGCCAAUGAUGAAAAGGACCGACGUAUUGAAGAGCUCACUCUGCUUCUGAAUCAGUGCAGGCAAUUCAGAGAGGCCACUCACCCCACACGGCAAGCUCCACCUGCUGUUCGCUCACUGUCAAAUGGCAGGACUCCGUCAAGCAGCAGUGAGGAAGAAGAGCAUUUACUGAUGAAGAAUACUGACUCUGCCAGUGCAAAAUCUGUGGAUGUCAAGUCUGAAGUUUCCACAAUCAGUUCUUCUUCUUCACAACAAACAUCUAUUUCAUCAGCACAGAAGGACAGUGAUUCCAGAUCAGAACAGCAGACUUUAUCAAGCAGCAUGAAUGACCUAACAAAUGGACCUUUACAAAAGAGUGUUCUGGAUGACACCAGAAGUCAGACGCUGCCUGUGAAUUCCUCGCUGUCAGAGCAGAAUGGCAGCGGAGACAGCAGCAGUGAAAUCCAGAGUCACAGGUCUCCAGAUGGGAGCGAAGAUGGAGACUCCAGCCAAAGGAAGUUGGAGAAAGUCGAUGACAGCACUUCAAGCAAUAGUUCCCCUGUUCAUUCUGGAGCAAACUCACAGCCAGGCCAACGAGCUGUGGGCUCACCAGAAUAUAUGAAGAAUAACAGAAGCUUUAAGAGGCUCUGGGGAAAACUUCGAAGAACCCAGUCUGGAGGGCUCCAGGCAGCUGAUCCAGAUGCUGGUCAGUUUAGAAGAGGAGGUCUGCGUGCUACAGCAGGACCCAGACUGACCAGGACUCCUGAAUCUUAUAACCCUGCACGUGAUAUGAAUGUGCCGUUCAGCCAGUGGACCAAGGAGCAGGUAUGUGGCUGGCUAGAGGACUAUGGACUGGGCCAGUAUGUCAAUCUCACCAGGCAGUGGGUUGAAAACGGACAGACGCUGCUCUCUGCUACACCUCAGGACGUUGAGAAGGAGAUGGGUAUGAAGAAUCCACUGCACAGGAAGAAGCUGCAGCUCGCUCUGAAAGCAUUCACCACCAAAGUUGUAGAGAAAUCGGCAGAGCUGGACUACAUCUGGGUCACCCGCUGGUUGGAUGAUAUUGGUUUGCCACAGUAUAAAGAUCACUUCCAUGAAGCUCGAGUGGAUGGCCGAAUGAUACAAUACCUCACAGUGAAUGACCUCUUGACUCUAAAGGUCACCAGCCAGCUUCAUCAUCUCAGCAUUAAAUGUGCCAUCCAUGUCCUUCAUGUCAACAAAUUCAACCCUAACUGUCUUCGGCGUAGGCCAGGUGAAGAGAAACAGCCCUCUCCCUCAGAGGUGGUGCAGUGGUCUAACCAUCGCGUGAUGGAGUGGCUGAGAGCCGUGGAUCUAGCUGAGUAUGCUCCUAAUCUACGGGGCAGCGGUGUUCACGGUGGGCUCAUUAUCCUGGAGCCUCGCUUCAGCUCAGAGACUUUGGCCCUGCUGUUGAAUAUUCCUCCACAGAAGACUUUGCUCCGCCGCCACCUCGCCACUGCCUUCUCCGCCCUGGUGGGGCAUCAGGCCACACAGGAGAAGCGAGAGUAUGGCAAUGCCACAGGCCAUGUGCCCCUCACUACCACUGCUAAAGUAAAGCCAAAGAAGCUGGGCUUCACCCAAUUCAGUCACCUCAGAAAGAGGAAACCUGAUGAAUCUGCAGACUACAUCUGCCCAAUAGACAGUGCGGCGCUCACAGUGAAUGGGGUUACCCGCUUGACCUCUGCAACACUUAAGGGCCUGAGCCCCACCUUGGACAGACAGGCUGAGAGGAGGGAGCAAGUGGGGAUCAAAGCUCAGGCUAAUGGCCCAAAACAAGAAUUAAAAACUACAGCACACUCCCCUCUCACUCACUAAAUGACUUUGUGAAUCAGUGGAAAUUCGGAUGCUGAAAUGUACCCAACAUGAAUCCAUGUGGUGACUUGCUGGAUGGGCUGCAAAUAUGCUGUUUUAAGCAGGUAAUGUUAAUUGUUGUCAGGCUUUACUCAUGAAUGGUUCGUAUUUAUUCCUAUGAAAAGUGAAGUAAUGCACUAGGUUUCGUAGCUAUUGUGUCUGUUUCUGUAGCAUACAGACCGUGGACACAUUAAAGGCAGGUGGGAGGGGAGGUGGCAGACACUAACCCAAAUCUUUGACCCAGGAGAUCAGGGUUUGUGUCGCAGCUGAGACUUCUUUACUCAUGUUCUACAUCACCGAUAUAACAGCGUCCAGUAGUUCUAAGUAGUUAUUCUAAGUCUAACUCUGUGCUUUUCUCCUAACCUUAAUCAAGUUGUUUAUGUGCCUAACCCUAACCAAUGAGGUUCCACAUCACAUCAUUACCAGUAUGUUCAAAAAAAGCGACCGUUAUUUUAUAGAAUAUCAUAUGAAUUGCAUUGCAUAUGUUUUCGUAAGAAAUCAUACAAACCUGUUCAUGAGGAUAUAUAAUUGUUGUUGUUGUUAUUAAUAAUGUAUUUUAACCUGAUGUUGCUUUAGCAAUAUUCAUUUCAAAUUGUGAUGAAAGGUGGCAUUGUAUGACUUGUUUUAUGAAAGCUGCUCUCUGCAUUCCUUAUACGGUUGGAUUCCAAAGCUUAUUCUUUUGCUUUCAAUCAAACUAUUUUACUGACCAUUUUGUAUCCAACUUUGCAGAUUUAGUUUGAAUAUUGAUGAACUUUUCUUGUUAUAUAUCUGAAUUGACUGCACAGUAUGAUAACUGACACCAGUUACUUUAAGAAUGUCUUUCAUUCAUGAUUCAUUCUCAGUCUUCUGUAUGACGGACAAAAAAAAAAAAAAAUCAAAAUUGACUUCUUUUUCUUGAUGGUACACAUACUCUUCUGCACCUUUGAAUGAGGUUUGUUUUUUAGGAUUAUCAUACCAAAUGUUGCCUUGUUUCCUAAGAUCAUUGUGAAUAUGCAGUAUAUAUAAUAAUAAUAUAAUAAACAUCAGGUCAAGAGUUA